AUGCGAGGCGGAAAGAAUUCCCGGGGUCGAUGUCCGGAUCAUGAAUCACCGGCGCAUAACUGCUACACCGCUGGUUUUAUGGCAUCGGUGAAAGGAGCCGAGAGAAAUCGAGUGCAAGCUGGCGUGGAAACGCGAAACAAGUUGCAUUCCUUGGAUAAGGACUUGUUCGAUCAUUUGGAGGGCUUGCAGGAGUUGAUCCUGAACGACAACGAUUUGCAGGAAAUAGACGCUCAAACUACCGCGGCCAUUUCGUCCAUCACGGCCCUCGAGUCCCUGAGCCUCGCUGAAACCGGGCUCACGGACCUGCCUCAGGGCGUCUUCAACUCCCUGAUCCAAUUGACCUGGAUGAACCUCGCGAACAAUGAGUUUGAGACCGUGCCGACCAAAGCCAUCGGUUCCGCAAGAAACCUUCGAGACCUCAAUCUCAACGGGAACCCCAUCCGGGAGCUCAACCAACAGAGCUUCGUCGGGAUGAGUGAACUCACUGCCCUGAACAUCAGUGCCAUGCCCGAACUGACCGUGAUACGCCGAGAGACUUUUGCGCCACUGCGGAAGCUGCACUCUUUGCGAUGUUCAAACAACAACAAGUUGACCUCGAUCGACCCUUUCGCUUUUGAAGGGAUCGCCGAUUCUCGAAACGAGUAUCCCAUUCGAGAGAUAAAGAUAACAGACCUCAUUGAUACCUUUGAUAACUUUCGUAAACUGAUAAGUGCCCGCGGACCGGCAAAAAACUUCUGCGCACCAGCGCCGGUCCGCGGACCACCGGUUGGGGAACACUGCUUUAUACGACUCUCAUGCAACGCUCUUUAG